AUGAGUGCUCCCGAGUCAACAGCGCAGCAGACUGUCGAGGACCCUCGGACAGACGACGACGCCUCCUCCAUAGGAGGUUCCUCCGUCAACGAUUCUCUGGACUCAUUGCGAUCUAGUAUCUUAGAUUACCGAAGAGAAAAUGGCCGUACCUAUCACAAACUUAGCGACGGGAAAUACGUGCUUCCUAAUGACGAGAAAGAGCAAGACCGUCUCGAUAUUACUCACCAUCUAUGGAUGUUGACUUGGGAUAACGAUCUUUGCCUUUCCCCGAAGAAGAACGGCGCCAAGAGAGUCCUUGAUGUCGGUACUGGAACCGGUAUCUGGGCUUUGGAGUACGCGGAUGAGCAUCCAGAAGCAAUAGUACUGGGUGUUGAUCUCAGCCCCAUACAGCCCGGCUUCGUGCCCCCUAACUGCCGUUUCGAGGUUGAUGACGUUGAAAAGGAAUGGACCUGGUCAACUCCCUUUGACUUCGUCUUCAUCAGAAACAUGAUUGCGAGUUUCUCUGACUGGGAGGACAUCGUCCGCAAAGCCUAUGAGAACCUUGAGCCGGGCGGCUAUCUGGAACUUCAGGACAACACAUUCCCACUCAAGUGUGACGAUGACACUAUGCCUGAUGACUGGAAGCCCUUGGAGUGGACCAAACUCCUCAUCGAGGGCACGGACAAGAUGGGUCGUCCGAUCACGGUAGCUAGUCGCUUCGAGCAAAUGCUCAAAGACGCGGGGUUCGAAGCAGUCGAAGCCAAGAAAACGAGGUGGCCAGUCAAUCCGUGGCCUCAGGAUAAGAAGGCGAAGGAGCUUGGGUCAUGGGCGGAGCAUUCGGCGAUGUUCGGAAUCGAAGCGGUCUCGAUGAGCUUGUUUACUCGUGUGCUUGAUUGGAGCGUUGAGGAGACGACCGUUUUGUGCGCUGAGGUACGAAACGAGUGCAAGAAGAUUGGACCUCACGCGUACUACGACGUGUACGCUGCGUGGGGCCGCAAGCCGGAGAAGGAGGGUUCAGAAGCACCCCAAGCUUGA